AUGAUGUUGUUCAAAGUUGUUUUCGCAACGGUUGCACUAUGUGCAUGCAUGGUCAUGGCUGCCCCUCUCGACAAACGAACCAACGAUGAUGAGUAUAUGCUGGUGACCAAGACCCAAACACUUCUCGUUCACAAGGGAAAUGGUGGAAAGACUAAGACGGUCACGAAGACGAAGACGAAGACUGAAUACGUGACUGUUACUGCAGACUGCGCCACAACCUUGGCCACUGAUACGUUCACAGUUCCAACUGAUACGACCACCGAGACCUUGCCUACCCUUACAGACACCUCCCUACCCACCCUUACAGACACAUCUCUGUCUUCAGACACUCUUACUGCGACCUCGACAACCACAGCGACUGACACUGUUCCGACCGACACUCUGACGUUAAGCAUUACUACCAACACAGACACCCUUACCUUGACCGAUGAUCCCAUCACUACCACCACCACUACCACCGGAGAUUUGACCACUACCACAACUGCGGGUUCAACACUCCCAACCUUCCGCGCCCGUAGCUGGUUCUGA